UUCUCCUCCGCACAAAAUCCUGCCCUAAUCCUCGCGCCGCCACCGCCGCCGCAAACCAGCGCCAAGCCGCCUCCGUCGCCGGAGAAGAGGAGGGAGCCGUCGCCAGCCAUGGGUCGCGUCCGCACCAAGACCGUGAAGAAGACCUCCAGGCAGGUGAUCGAGAAGUAUUACUCGCGCAUGACGCUCGACUUCCACACCAACAAGAAGGUGCUGGAGGAGGUGUCGAUCCUCCCCUCCAAGCGGCUCCGCAACAAGGUGGCCGGCUUCACCACCCACCUGAUGCGCCGCAUCCAGCGCGGCCCCGUCCGCGGCAUCUCGCUCAAGCUUCAGGAGGAGGAGCGCGAGCGCCGCAUGGACUUCGUCCCGGAGAAGUCGGCGCUCGAGGUUGACGAGAUCCGCGUCGACAAGGAGACCAUGGAGAUGCUCGCCGCGCUCGGCAUGGCCGAGCUCCCCGGCGUCGAGCGUCAGGCCGAGGUCUCAUCCGCCCCAGCAUAUGGCCGCCCGCAGUACGGUGGUCCCCGCCGCGACCGCGUCUAGGCUCCCCCGCCUGUCGCCGUGGUUGCCUCUUGAUCGCAUCGCCUCUCGUAGUUGCUAUGCUACUAUGUCUUAAGUUUCUUUAGAUCUGUGGUUGCUUCUGUGGCGAUUAAGUUUGGACUUAUCUGUUAUGCUCUAAAUUCUAAUGUGUUUUGGUCUGCGUCUGAUGAACAUGAGAUUUAUAUUGUCGCACCGGUGAAAUCUUAAGUGAUUUGAUAUAUC